AUGAGCAAUAAAGUUACGGGCAGAAAAAAUUGGAACCGUGGUAGAGUUAGAACCAAGACCGUCAAGAGAGCCUCCAAGGUUCUCAUCGAGAAGUACUAUCCAAAAUUGACCUUGGACUUUGAGGUCAACAAGAGACUGACCAGUGAAAUCGCCGAGAUCCAGUCCAAGAGACUGAGAAACAAGAUCGCUGGCUACACCACCCACCUGAUGAAGAGAAUUCAAAAGGGCCCAGUCAGAGGUAUCUCGUUCAAAUUGCAAGAAGAAGAGAGAGAAAGAAAGGACCAGUACGUCCCAGAAGUGUCAGCCUUGGACUUGAAGAAGAACAAGGGCCAACUCCACAUUGAUGCCGACACCGACGAAAUGAUCAAAUCCCUUGGCUUCAAGGUCCCAGCCUCCGUGAUCGCUGUCUCUGCCAACAGAGGUCUCAGAAGAUACAGAAAGUAA